ACUUCACAACCUCUGCCACUUCCACCUCUAUCUGACCGCCGCUUUUUAGAACAGACUCAUCGCUUCUACGAUUUCGUGGAAGCCGAUGUCGAAUAUUUUUCACCCAGGUUAGGCACACUUCAAUACAGCCGCGUCACGGUUGACCCGAUGGUGUCAUACAUAAAUAAGCAAAGAGCAGAGGACUAAUCACAAGGCACAGUGCUCAUCGUUGCGCCGACCCACGUAGGGGUAAUCUGCGUCCGUGACUGGAAUAAACGAAGCGCGCACGGCUGGUGAUGAGGAGGAUCGUCGCGCACGCUACACAGAGCGUUGACGGAAUCUGUUUCGGGUCGUAAGAGACCUUCCAAAUUAAGCCGCGUAGGGCAGCGGAGAGUGCGGGCAGCCGGAGUGGAGUUGUGGGUCGUUGGAAGACUGACAUUACGGGGAAAAUGCAUCUUCUCAGUGCCAUGUUCCUGCUACUGAUGUUAGCCACCAUGCCCUGUGAGGCCCUGUACCCCAGUCCGGAGGAGGGCUGGCAGAUCUACAGCUCGGACCAGGACCCGGACGGGAAGUGCCUGUGUACGGUGGUGGCGCCGGCCCAGAACAUGUGCAGCCGAGACCCCCGCAGCAGGCAGCUCCGCCAGCUCAUGGAGAAGGUCCAGAAUAUUACCCAGUCCAUGGAGGUGCUGGACCUGAGGACAUACCGAGAUCUGCAGUACGUCCGGGACACGGAGAACCUCAUGAAGACGGUGGACGGCAAACUGAAGAUCGCAUCAGACAACCCCCGCACCCUCAACCCCAAGAGCUUUCAGGAGCUGAAGGACAAGAUGACUCAGCUGCUCCCCCUGCUGCCCGUGCUGGAUCAGUACAAGGCGGACGCGGGCAUGAUCCUGCGGCUGAGGGACGAGGUGCGCAACCUGUCGCUGGUGCUCAUGGCUAUCCAAGAGGAGAUGGGCGCCUACGACUACGAGGAGCUGCGCCAGCGCGUGCUCCUGCUGGAGACCCGCCUGCACUCCUGCAUGCAGAAGCUGGGCUGUGGCAAGCUGACUGGAGUGAGCAACCCCAUCACCGUCCGUGCUUCAGGCUCAAGGUUUGGCUCUUGGAUGACCGACACCAUGAUCCCCAGCUCAGAUAAUCGGGUCUGGUCGAUGGAUGGUUACUUGAAGGGACGCCGCGUGCUUGAAUUCCGCACCAUGUCCGACUUCAAAAUCGGCUUGAACUUCGUGCAGCACCUCCUGCCUCACCCGUGGGCGGGCACGGGCCACGUGGUCUACAACGGCUCCCUCUACUACAACAAGUACCAGUCCAACAUCAUCAUCAAGUACCACUUCCGCUCGCGCAGCGUCCUGGUCCAGCGCAGCCUCAGUGGCGCCGGCUACAACAACACCUUCCCGUACUCGUGGGGCGGCUCGUCCGACAUAGACCUGAUGGCCGACGAGAACGGCCUGUGGGCCGUCUACACGACCAUCCCCAACGCGGGCAACAUCGUCAUCAGCCGCCUGGACCCGCAGAGCCUGGAGGUGCUGCAGACGUGGGACACGGGCUUCCCCAAGCGCAGCGCCGGCGAGGCCUUCAUGAUCUGCAGCACGCUCUAUGUGACCAACUCGCACCUGGCCGGCGCCAAGAUCUACUUCGCCUACUACACCAACACGUCCACGUACGAGUACACGGACAUCCCCUUCCACAACCAGUACUCGCACAUCUCCAUGAUGGACUACAACCCCCGCGAGCGGGUGCUCUACACCUGGAACAAUGGACACCAGGUCAUGUACAACGUCACGCUGUUCCAGGUCAUCAAGACGUCCGACGACUGAGCCAGCAAAAGCGAGUGUGACUCUCACACACAAGUGACUCUCCCACACAAACGCACACACGCAGACUCCAAACACACACAUAGACAGACACACAAAGAUGUAGCACACACACAUACAAACAUACACAAACACACACAAUUAUACAGAACCAUAUUCAUUUGAACAUUCCCAUUAACACACAGAUGGCAGCAGGGGCCAAACAUACUGUACCAGAAGCUUUGGACUUUUUUAAGCACUUCGAUCUGCAUAGAGUGCUAUUAUUCACACUGAAGGACUUGGGGUGGGGUAAUAAAAAAAUCACACGGCUCCACACAGCUGUGUCGGAGGAGAGGAGAGAAGAGAAACGGACUGAGCUUUUCAUUUGUUUCUGUGAUGAGUAAGCAUGAGUAAGUUCUUUUUAUCU